AAGAUGUACGCCAGAGAUCGAGGAAAUGCUAAUAGAUCACCUGAAAUUAGCGACAGAUUGUGCUGUCAUAGCAGCAAGUGAAUGGAUUUAUCAAGUAAACGACGGUUUUGGUAUCGUUUUCACUGUGGAUCUAGAGAAAAAAACAUGUACUUGCAGAGUAUUUGAUGUGCUAAUGGUGCCGUGUUGUCACGCUUUAGCCGCGGUGGGGAUAAGGAACGUGGACAUUUACUCCCUGAUCGGGAACUAUGCAUUCGUGACGGAGUGGCGUAAGCUCUGGCGUGCCCAUAUUCUACCUCCGCCUAAGGAAAAAGACACGGAGGUCCCAAACGUAGUUAGUGAAAUGGUUGUGAAUCCACCAAAAACAAGAAGACCAGGCGGAAGACCAAAGACAGUACGCAUACCAUCGCGGGGAGAGUAUCAGGGCAAAGGAGGGAAGAAAAAAAAACCUAACAAAUGCACCACAUGUGGGAAGGAUGGCCACAACAGAGCAACUUGCAAAAAUCCUAUCUAAGUUUUAGGGAAUAAUAUUUCGGCGGCUUUUGGUCCAUGAAGUAUUGCGGAAAAGAGGGUUUAUCGUUACGUAGGUUGGAUAGGCCACGGGAAAUUUGUUUAGUCCAUGGCUUAACAUCCAAUUUUUUAGUCCAUGGCUUAACACGGAAAGUAUAACUAAUAUAUAUUUAUCUUUUGGUAAUUGGAUGUAGUAUGACAUGUAUGGGUAUCUUUUGGCAAGCACAUCUCACAACUUAUCGAACAAAAACUAUAUAUAUUUAUCAUA